AUGACGCUUCCUUCUAACGUCCACAUCUCCUCUCACCCCCUUCUUCAAGCCAAGGUCUCUCAGCUGCGGUCGUCCUCAACCACGACCCGCGAGACCCGCAACUUGGUCAAUGAAAUCGCGACGAUUCUAGGCGUGGAGGCCUUUGCUGGCUGGAAUGCUGUGGGCACGGGGAAGACUGAUUCCACGCCCUUAGGCAUCGAAUAUGAGACGAAGACGGUUGACCCCGCCAACAUCGCGCUGGUACCAAUUCUCCGUUCAGGACUGGGCAUGAUUGACGCAAUAAACGAUCUCCUCCCCUCCCCCGUUCCAAUCUACCACCUCGGCCUCUUCCGCGACCGCUUCUCCCUCCAGCCCGUCGAAUACUAUAAUAAUCUCCCCUACAACCGUCCCGAAUCAUCCCCGUCUGCCGGUCCGGAUCCCAACAGCGUCAACACAGCCGCUGCAUCUGUAGCCGUUCUGCUCGAUCCCAUCAUUGCAACCGGCGGCACCGCCGAGGCCGCCAUCCAGCUUCUCCGCGAGUGGGGCGUGCAGCGGGUUGUCAUGCUGAGUGUGCUGGGUUCCGAGGAUGGUGUUAAGCGGGCGGCCGAGUGCUGGCCUGAGGGCGUGGAGGUGUGGAUGGGCGCCGUCGAUGGACGGUGCAACGAGCGGGGCAUGAUUGUGCCGGGUCUUGGGGAUAUUGGGGAUCGGUUGUUUGUUGCGAUUGGGAAGUAG